GAACAGGGUUGUGUGGCUGUCCAAGAUGAAGAGAUUGUGCUUCUUAAAGCUCCAAAAGAAUCUCACAACAUGAGGGCUGCAGAGAGGGGCAUCACCCAGAGCAUGCACAAGUUCAGCUUCUCACAGAUUAUGGGGCCGGAGACCACACAGCAACAGUUUUACGAGUGCUCGAUGAAGAAGAUGGUGAAAGACGUGCUUCAAGGAGAAAACCGACUCCUCUACACUUAUGGUGUCACCAAUUCUGGAAAAACAUACACAAUUCAAGGCAGCGGUCCAGAGGCGGGCCUCCUGCCACGGGCCCUGUCGUCUCUGUUCAGCAAGCUGCAGGGCCGCCUGUACGGCGCCAUGGACAUGAAGCCUAUCAUGUAUCAGGAUGUGAGGCACCUGAGCUCCGGAGAGAUCAGGAUGGAGGAACUCCGCAGAAACUCUCUGCUCAAAGAGGAUGACAAUCUGCCUUUUCGCCGAGGUGGAAACACGACAGUCUGGGACAGCGGCAUUGGAGGACUCUCCUCUACAAGUAACAUCGCCACUCAGCUUGAAGACACAGACAGUGUGUGUCUGGAGCCUGACAGCCUGUCACACAGCGGAGGGGAUGAUCUGGAGGAAGGGGUGCAGUUUUCUAUCUGGGUGUCCUUCUUCGAGAUCUACAAUGAGUUCCUGUAUGAUUUGCUCGAUGCCUCUCCCUCCCUGCAGCCCAGGAAAAGGGUCACUCUGCGGCUUGGUGACGACAAGCAGGGCAACCCCUAUGUGAAAGACCUCGCCUGGAUCCAGGUCCGCAGCGCUGACGAAGCUUGGAAGAUUCUGAAGGCUGGGCGUCGCAACCAGAGCUUCGCCAGCACUCACCUCAACACAAACUCCAGCCGUAGCCACAGCAUUUUCUCCGUCCGAGUCCUGCACGUCAACCCAGAAGCAGAUUCAGCCAAGUCCAUGCACAUCAGCGAACUGAGUGUGUGUGAUCUAGCUGGGUCUGAACGCUGUAAAGAGCAGCGCAACGGCGAGAGGAUGAAGGAGGCCAACAACAUCAACGCCUCCCUUCUAACACUGGGACGCUGCAUCGCUGCUCUGAGGCACAACCAGAACAACAAAUCGCGACCCGCUCAAGUGGUGCCCUUCAGGGACAGUAAACUGACCCGGGUACUGCAGGGUUUCUUCUGUGGCCGAGGAACCUCCAGCAUGGUGGUCAACAUCAACCCGUGUGCCUCCAUCUAUGACGAGACCCUCCAGGCCCUCAAAUUCUCAGCUCUAGCCUCUCAACUGGUGCACGGGCCGUCCACAAAGACCAGGGUGGCCUACAUCCUGUCCUUACUGCGCGAGCCGGCUGCAGAUGGAAACGAGAGUUCGAUGAUGGAGGACGAGGAGGAGAGUGAUGUGGAAGAUGGAGAUAUCUCCAUGUUGAAUACCGAGUCCAUGCUGCAGGCCAUCGAUGUCCUGAAGAGAGAAGUGCAGCGCCAGCGGGAAGAGAAAGAGGUUCUUGAGGUGAAUGUGAGAGAGCAGGUGGUCUCUGAGGUGAUGGAGGUCAUCUCGGGGAUGGAAGCUGGCUUCAGCGAGGCCUUGGAAGCAGAGAGAGCUCUCACUGAAGAGAGAUACGAAGACAAGAUAUCAACUUUGCAAAAACAUUUGAAGAUAUUCUACGGCAAGGAGUUGAAGGAGCGUGAUCAGGUGAUCGAAUGUUUGUCUGCUGCUCUUGAGAAAACCAAGGCAGGCGAAGCGGCCCCCCCGCCGCUGCCUGCUGAGGACUCCAUAGGAUGCAGCGGUGGCCUACUUCGGCGUUCUGAGCGCAUCAAUAAAACAGAAAGUGGUCGGCUGCAAGUGGAGCUGGACCAGUGUCGCGCUGAGCUGCUCGCAAAGACACAAGAGCUCAACAAAGCUGAAGAACGCAGCUGGAAGCCCCCGGCUCAACUGGGACCCUCGCCCGCUGACCGCAAGCUGGGAGACGGGCAGCGGAACCUGCGGCAGCUGCGGCCCUGGAUCUGCAGCGCUCGGGCCCGGACCUGCAGUCUGGAGAACGAGUACCUGCUGAGUGUUCGCGAAAGCACGGUGGACGGAGAAGCCUGCGGUCAGGCGCUGGCCGCUGCAUGA